AUGGGGGUCGUUUCGGCCUUCACCAUAAUCCGUGCUCUGUCCUUCUUCCACAUUACCCUUGCCUUUUUCUUCUUAACAAACCCAAAGAUCAUCGCAGACCAAAACGUAGUCUUUCUCUUGGGGGAGUCAAUGCAGCUUCCUACGCCCCGAGACUUCAACAAACCUUCCGCCGCUACGGCCUUCAUCGCCCUGCUUUUCGCCUUCCUAGCAAUCUCGGACCUCACGUCUCUCUCCAUGUCCGAGGAAGUGGCUGAAUCAUAUUGGGGUACGCAGACGCCUGUCCGGCUCGUUUUCCUCUUUGCCGUCACAGGCUAUACGUAUAUAUUCAAGGAAGGUGGGGCGUUCGCAGAACGGGGACAACAUAGCUUCCAAUCAGGGGACGAUCUGAAGAACAGUAUUGUCUUUACCUGGGGCUUCCUAGAGCUGGCAACAUGGUUUUGGGUUUUCGUGACUCUCCGAGACGAACGACGACAGAGAGCAGUACGACUGAUCGAAAAGCGUAAAGCUGAGCACAACACGUUAUAGGCGCAACUCCUGGUCCGCAGUGAAUAUAUAACUGUGCUUAUAAACUUUUCUGAGACUCCGUCCUCUGUCGGAGGUGUGAUGCGGCUGCGGCUCCGUCGACAGAAUAGUUAGAAUAAUUGUUGGAGCUAAAUUGGCUGUUUUUGACGGUGUAUAGCGUCGGCUCUGCCUUCUCUCACCUGAGAAAAUUCCAGUUCGAUGGAAAAUUGGAAGAAGUUGGAGAAAUACAUCAAAGAUGGGAUGAUUUUCUCCAGGUUUGGCUCAGAACGCCGAGUGUGCAACGGUGGGAUCCAGCACACUGAAAUGGAACGAACCUGGUGGGGAACAUGAAUUGACCUUGUUAAAGACGGGUGUGGUGGAAUCUAACAGAGCGAAAUGUUAGAUAAUGCUAUAUUCUUAAAACAAAAAAUGCUCCUGGAGAUU